AUGAUUCAAUCAGAGCAUGAUAACGCUAAACGAGUACUGUCUUGUACUAAAGUUUUCUUCAAACAACUGGUAGCACGUAAAUCAUGGUAUGAAUUACUCUUUGAGCUUCAUACAAGGCAAGUAUUUAAAUCUGUACUAAAUUGUAUUCAACUACUUGCUAUAGGUCUUGGUGCGACUAUUGGUGCUGGGAUAUUUGUGUUAAGUGGACAAGCUGCUGCCAAAUAUUCUGGUCCAUCAGUCAUCAUUUCAUUUGUUAUAACAGGGGUUAUUGCAUUAUUGGCAUCUUUAUCAUAUUCAGAAUUAGCAGUAAUGAUGUCUAGUUCUGGAUCAGUUUACACUUAUAUUGAUGCAGCCUUCGGAGAAUAUUUGGCAUGGUUUAUUGGAUGGAAUUCUGUACUACUUUAUCUAUUCUCUGUUUUGACAGUGACGGAUGCUUGUGGCAAGUAUGUCACCCUAUUUAUCAAUAUUAUUUCUGAUUAUAACAUAACAAGUGUGAUUGUCCAAUCACCAAUAGCUUGGGACGAAGACGCUGAACGUUUUUUUAUCACUGGUCAAGUGAUUAAUUUACCUGCCAUUGGUAUCACUAUUGCAAUUACGAUUCUUCUUAUUAUUGGAAUUCGUCAAACGGCUAAAUUCAAUCUCGUGUUGGUUGUGAUCAAAGUCAUUAUACUCUUAAUAUUUAUUUUUGCCUGUUGCAAUUAUGUUAAUCUGAAUAAUUAUAAUCCAUUUUUUCCAGCGAAUAAAGGUUCGUUUAGUGAAUAUGGAGUAACAGGCAUGCUACAAGCAUGUACUUAUGUUUUCUUUGCAUAUGUGGGUUUUGAUUCAGUUUCAACAGUAGCACAAGAAGCAACGUCACCAAAGAGAUCGCUGCCAAUUGCUAUUAUUGGGUCAACAGUUAUUUCAUUACUCUUGUAUAUUGGAAUAUGUACUGUGAUGGUUGGAGUCGUUCCAUACAACUUAUUAGACUCAGAUAGUCCUCUUUCUCAAGUAAUGUAA